GCCGCCACUUCCGGCAGGGUGAUGGGGUGGUGGCGGUGGCCGCCGCCGCCGUCGCUCUGGGGCCGGGAGCUGCGGCACUGCCGCUUAGCGCUGCUGCUGCGGCGGCGGCAGGUCAAUUUUAUUGGCGUAUAGAAAAGGAUGAUGGCAGGCAGUAGCCAGCUUUGCAUUCAACGUUGGACUACCAAGAACGUGGCCAAGUGGCUGAAGGAAGAAGGCUUCUGUGAAUAUGUGGAUGUUUUGUGCAAUAGACACAGGCUAGAUGGAAUUACAUUGCUGACACUUACUGAGUAUGAUUUACGAUCCCCUCCUUUGGAAAUCAAAGUCCUGGGAGAUAUCAAAAGGCUAAUGUUGUCCAUACGCAAACUACAGAAGCAACAUAUUGAUGUCCUAGAAGAGCUGGGUUACAACAGUGAUAGUCAUGUUGGCACAGGCCCAAGUGUUGGGUCUCUACAGGGCACAGAUUGGUUUUGUAAUGGUGAAGUACCUCGGGACUAUGAUGGACCAAUUACUGACUCAAAUGGUGAUCAGUAUCAAUAUGCAAAUGGGAAAAACAAGCACUCUACGAGAAGACUGGACCCAGAAUAUUGGAAGACAAUUCUAAGUUGUGUGUAUGUCUUCAUAGUGUUUGGCUUUACAUCAUUUGUUAUGGUUAUAGUACAUGAGCGAGUACCUGACAUGCAAACGUAUCCACCUCUACCAGACAUAUUUCUAGAUAGCGUCCCUAGAAUACCAUGGGCUUUUGCUAUGACUGAAGUAUGUGGUGUAAUUCUUUGCUACAUUUGGCUGUUGGUUCUUCUGCUUCAUAAACACAGAUCUAUACUUCUGCGAAGGCUGUGCAGCCUCAUGGGGACAGUAUUCUUAUUACGCUGCAUUACAAUGUUUGUUACCUCACUCUCUGUGCCAGGCCAGCACUUGCAGUGUACUGGAAAGCUGUAUGGCAAUGUUUGGGCAAAACUUCAGCGGGCAUUUGCAAUAUGGAGUGGCUUUGGCAUGACUCUGACUGGAGUACAUACAUGUGGAGAUUAUAUGUUCAGUGGCCAUACUGUUGUCCUGACAAUGCUCAACUUCUUUGUUACAGAAUAUACGCCAAGGAGCUGGAACUUCUUGCACACCUUGUCCUGGGUCCUGAAUCUCUUUGGAAUCUUCUUUAUUUUGGCUGCGCAUGAACAUUACUCUAUAGAUGUCUUCAUUGCCUUUUACAUCACUACAAGACUCUUUUUGUAUUACCAUACACUGGCUAAUACUAGAGCAUAUCAACAGAGCAGGAGAGCAAGGAUCUGGUUUCCUAUGUUUUCUUUUUUUGAAUGCAAUGUUAAUGGUACUGUUCCCAAUGAGUAUUGCUGGCCUUUUUCAAAACCUACUAUACUGAAAAGAUUGAUUGGCUGAAGAGUGUGUAGGAAACAUCUAUUCUCAGGAAGUGCAGGAUUCUAUUCUGAAUUACAACAUGUGGUGAGGUAUGCACUUAAACUUGCAAAGUUGUUGAUUCUGAAAAGAGCCAUGGCAGUGCUAACUGGCAUAGCCAUGUUUAAACUGAAAAAUUACUUUCCAACUUGGACAUGCAGGAGAAUUUUCAAGUACAGCCCAGUGUAACAAUGUUUACAUAAAGUAAAGCUAUCAUUUCAAUACUGUUUUUUUAAUGAAGUUCAUAGAGUUAAAGCAUAAAACUUCUCUCUUUGUUCUAAUUUAAUUUUUCAAAUUCUGUUAAGUAAAUCCAUGUUUUAAAUCAGUAUUGCCUAUCAGUUCUUUUUAAAGGGAGCUUAUUCUUUUGUUCUGAUUGUCUUAAUGUUAAACAUCCAAGUCCAAGGUAAGUAAUGAGAUACUGGUUUUGUGAGCGUUGAAGAAGUGGGUUAAAAGAUUGUCAGGAUAAUUGCUGUCUUCAGUUUUGGAAGUUCAUUUGUCUGUCUAUAAUCAUGCAAGAGCAAGGCUUGGAAUUAAUUGAUACAGGAUGGGAAAAUCUGAUCUGACAUGCAGAAGAGCACAGGUCAGUCUGUAAAGUUGGUAAUGUAAGCUUUUUGUUAAUUAAGUGGAAACCAGUUGCAAGUAACUGACAGGCUUAAAGUUCUGUACCUCCUUUUUCAGGAGUCAGUGUUUAAAAAACAUUGCUGCUUCUCUAUUGCUUUUAAGUAAAGGCAGCAGAGCAUCAUUUGGCCUUGGAUUUAAUGCUAAGUAUGUUCAGGGCUCGCUUUCUCCCUUUUGUUCAUGCACCAAUCUUUUUGCUGUCCUUUGAUUUGCUGCAUGUAUUUUGUGUAAAGUCAUUUUCUGUGGCCUGUGGGAGCGCACUCAUAAUCUGAAUUUAGAGUAAUUGAUGAAUUACUGCAUUUUGUCAGCAAGUACAAGCAUCAAACAACAUUAGUACUACAAAGUGCACAAUCUAAUCAAAUAGAAAAGUCUUAACUGAAUAACUCUGGAUAUAAAAAGGAAGGGGAGGAUCACUUUCUUUUUGUUAACCUAGCAAAUCUGGCAGUGUUUGAGACUUGACAAUAGUCUUAAGCUUUUCCUUAUUAUUACCAGUUUCGGGAUUUGUAUGCACAUACCUGCAAGUGGUAGACACAUAGGCACUCCCCCCUUCUCUUUCUUUUUAUGUUGUAUCUUAUGAUACAUCUUAUUAUAAAGCUUUCCUAAACUUUUUGCCUUUAGUUUUUCCUUUCUAAAUGAUCUCUUAAACUAGUGGUUUUAUGAUAUUACACCUGCAUACAGAAAUUAGAUUUUAAUAGAUGUGGGUUUUUAGCAAGUUGUGAUUACACUGACAAAAGCUUAUGGAAGGAUCUUGAAGCAAGGUUCCUCCAACUGUUCUUGAAUAAUGAUAUAGAAAGCUUCCAUAUAUGCUAAUUAACUUCAUUCCUCUGGCAAACAAGAUAACACAAAGUAUUGUUACAUAAAUGUAGAUAGGCUGGAAGUAUUUAAAUGUCCAGGACUAGCAGGAAUUGGAUCCUGCAAGUAUAGUGCUUGUGAUGAAGCAAAUUAUAUGCUUAACUUCAAGCAAUCACUACAUACUCUUGACUUCAGUAAGGGUUACCACUAUUGAGUUUAAGCAUUUCCUUGGAUAAGGGCAAGUGCAUGCUGUAUUUGAUAUACUCUUCAGUAAUGGGAAUAGGUAAUGUAACUUCUUUUGGGUCUUCCCCCCUCCAAUCUACUAUAGGGGAAAACAUUCCAGUAGAAUUUCAAAGAAAUUACUACCUAACUGAGUUCUGAGAAAAUAAAACUGGGGAAAAAAAAGGGAGGGGAGGCAUCAAAAUCUUGAUAGCUGCUUGAAGAAGCAAGAGUCGGUUAAAUGAUUAGAUUAAAUGUUAUUUUUCUAAUGCAAGUUUGUUAAAUAAGGUUAUUUAGAAGUAUUGAAACCCUUCAGUGAGGAUAAAAGCACAGGUUCCUGUAAUCUUUUCUGUAUGGCUGUGUCUCAAGUGCCAAAAAGAGUGUUGAAGGAGGGAAGGUUGAACUUGAAUGUCAGUGCAAGUCUUUGCAGCAGUUGAUAUCUCCUUGGGUUUUAAGCAGUGCUUUUUAGUGCUAUACUUGUUUGCUACUCUUCAGCUAGUGGACAAAAGUCCACUAGGUUUUCAAGCACCAAAACUAUUGUGGAACUGAGUACUAAUCAAUAAAUACACAUUUGAAGAAGUAGCAGAUAUCUGGGGGGUGGGGAGGGAAAGUAGGUUUUGUGGACCGGGAGAAUAACAAAAUUAACCUAUAAUGACUGAUAGGUUUUCAUCCUAUCCUUGUAAUUUCUAUUGAAGAAUUUGCAGUAAUUACAGAUAAUAUUGACUCUUCUGGGCUUUUUUAAAAACAAUUAGUAUACUUUUGUAGAAACUUGACCUAGAACUACAGAAGGCAUAGUCUUGUCAAGGUGGAAAUAUAUUUUGCAGAAGUCAUAGCAGUGAAUCAUUUUACCUUCUGAGUUGUUUUGUGCAUUGAGACUUUUAUCAGUCAAGGGUUAAUUGAUAGACCACCGAUGAUUAUAUCGAUUACUGUUUCUCAUGUAUCUUUGGUAUUGUCACUAUUCUAAUUGAAACAGGUUUUGGGGGGGGGG